AUGCGCAUCCUUCACAUGGCCCUACUUUUGUUUCUCUUCGUGCUUUUAAUUAACGGAGUUCAGGCUUUGCUUAACAAUUAUAUAAUAGGUAAGCGAGGCUGUAUGUAAUUUUGUCAAGAGACCCAUCCAAACACUAUUCCCUAUUCCUGCAGGAACACCCAGAGUUAACUGCGAAGAAGACAACGUAUCCUUGGACAUCAUCACGGCCAAGCCCUUUGAGGGAAAUAUUUUUGUCAAAGGAAGGGCCAAGGACUCCGAAUGUAAACAUUCCUAUCACUCCAAUUCUUCCAAGCCCUUCUCUCUGGCGUUGGGAAAAUGUGGAAUGCAAAGAUUAAGAUCGGUAAUUAUUAUUUAGCUCUAUAUUCCAGUCGAAUCACACAACCCAACUAUUUUUUUGAACAGGCCAAUCCUCGAGGAGUCAGUUUUGGAGUAACAGUAAUCGUUUCGUUCCAUCCUAACGGCUUCAUUACCAAAAAUGACCGUGCUUUCCAUGUUAAAUGCUUUUAUAUGGAGCCGGAUGAAAUUGUGACCAACACGAUCCAUGUCAGGUACCUUUAAUGUAGCAAACUAUCACCGUUUUUAGCUCUCUUCCCACUUACGAGCUGCAAGACGAGAUGGGGAUGCCUCAAUGUAGAUAUUCUGUUCAUCUAGAAGACGUAGACGGCCCCUUGCUCAGCUAUGGAAAUGUUGGGGAUACUGUAGGUUACUGUACUUAGAUGGGAAUUCUUCAGGUAUAUCAUGUAUGGGAAUGUACAGGACCGUUGAUGGGAAUGUUGGUAAAGAAAUGUUAUGUGACUGAUGGUGAUGGGGAAGAGCAUCUGGUUAUCGAUGAGAAUGGGUAAUGAAUAAUGUUAUACUUAUUUGUUUUAGUUGUCCCUCUGAUCAUUUGUUACUCGAAGACGUCCAUUAUGACAAGAACAGGAUGAGAGCGCACGCCCAAAGUCAAGUAUUCAAAUAUGCAGACUCCAAUCAAAUAUUUUUUACCUGCCAAAUUCGACUGUGCCAACUUCAGAUGGACAUGUGCAAUAAGAUCACCGUAAAUAAAGAAUUUUUGCACUCGCUACAAAUAUUUUAGCCCCCCGUAUGCCAUGGAAGAGAGGACGAACCCGAAGAUAUUCUGGACCGAAUAGAUCUAGAUUCAUUGAGCACGGAUGGUAAUAAUACAGUAACCCGAUUCCGAAGAAAUGUGGAUGAAUUCGUCGACUUGGAUGUAACUACUGGAGAAAUGGUGGUAAUGGACAAAGAGACCCAAGAGGAGAUCGAAGACAUGUGUGCGACAAAUAAGUUCGCCAACUUGGUGAUACCAGGAUUCAUAUUUACUGUUAUCACUACUUCUUUACUCACUUUGAUGACGUCAAAACAUCUGACCGCAAGGUCGCGAAAAUAUUGAAUGUAAAAUAAUAAUAAAGCAAUUGCUAAUAACAUAAAACAUUCCAAUCGACGACCGUAUUUUUUGUGUGGGAAUGGGGUCUCCCCAACCUCCCACCAUUCUUGCGCGCGAAUUUUAAAAUCGGGAUUUUCUGGGAAUUCGCGCCGAAAACAAAAAAGGCAGCGCUCAAGCUGGACGCUCCUUUUAUGUUAUGGUCCACUCGCGACCCUAUAUGGCGUCGUAUAACACCAAGAUGCUAAGGAAUAACUUUUCGUCUUUUCUCGCACCCAAGUAAUUUACAUUCUGUCUUUUUUGUGGAGUUUCGCACCUUUUAUGUUAUGGUUCCGUGUUUUUAUUGUUUUACGAUUGUUUUGGCAGAUAUAAAACUGUCUUAGUCCCGGUUAAUUGGGAAGCAACUUUAUUUAAGCUCAAUCUCCUUAUUUUAGACAACUCUUGAUGUGAUGAAAGAAUCGGAAGAAGAUUUUCUGAACACUUCUUUUGACAAAUCCACUUCCUUCAAGUCAGGGGUCAUCCGGCGAAUCCAAAGCUCAACCUCCUUCUUGAGUUUGUCAAAAUACAAUGUCGCCAUUCAACUUCUAGAUGACAGUGAAAUAAUAUCCAAUGAAUUUGGGGUAUGAUAUAUUCACCAGUGAUUACCUAAUUUCAAAUAUCAUUCAGAAGAACACAACAGGUAAAGACAUUUUGAAUCUGGUGUGCGACAAGCUAGAAAUUGUGGAAAAGGAAUAUUUCGGAUUACGUUACAGCUCUGAAUUCAAGCACCGGGUGAGCCGACUCUCGAUAUCUUAUGUUUUUUUUAGUUUUGGUUUGAUCUCAACAAAAGUCUGCAUCGUGAGUUCCAUCGUAAGUUUUUAAUUUCAGCAUUGUUAUAUAUUAUUUUAGAUGAAAACCUGGGAUUAUGUUUUCGAUUCCGUUUUUAUCCAAUAGAACCAGUAGAUUUGAAUGAUGCUGUUGUCAAGUAAGUAGUGUUUAUGAAUUCACUUUUGGUUUAGAGAUCUUUUAUGUGUUCAGCUACAAAGAGAUCUUCUUCAUGGUCGAUUACAAUGCACACAUGAUACAGCCGCGCAAUUGGGUGCAUUAAUUUUGCAAGGCAUGCUUAAUUUAAAUCCGCUUGACGUUAUUUUAAUUUUAGGUAACAUUGGGGAUUACAACGAAGAGACAUGUCAAAAAGGUUAUGUUUCUGGCUACAAAUUGAUUUUAAAACAGUCCGAGAAGCUGGAGGAGCGAAUUGAGGAGUUUCACAAAUCUUAUAAGUAAGUUGUAACUUGAAGAAUAAUCCGCUGGCAGGGACUGGUCAAAGGAUGUUGUUUUUGACCAAUUUCUUCGCAUUGCUUCUCGUCUUGACACGUAUGGUUUCGAUCCUUACACUGUAAAGGUAAAGUUUUUGAUCUGUAUUUUACUGUUUAGACACAGAAGAAUGACAUUAAUGUAGUUAUCGGUGGGACACCAAAGUUUUUGGUUGGAUUUGUUUUCAAUCAAAUUGUUUACAGGAUUCCAUGGUGAGUUCAACAAUAGAAGGUUGAACUUUGCUUCCAGGAAAUACAUUAAUGACGUUGACUUCUCGGGAAAGAACGUUAUAGUUUCUUUAUUCGAUUCGUAUUUUACGGAGUUCUUGCAACUGGAAGACAGUGUUAAUCCUGAGAAGGUUCUAAAUGGAAUUCCGGGCCCAAUUGCUUUAAAGGUAAAGAAAUUCCUUACUGCUAAGUUUCAAAUGUUUAGUAACCUUUUUAACAAUGUUUCUUUAAGGAAUCCCUGGUUCCUCUCAGGAGUAAAAAGAGUCUGAAGUUCACUUGUCCCAAAUCAACAUUUGCAAAGCAUUUAUGGAAGCAUCUCUUAUCACAGAAAGUUUUUUACACAGCGUCCUCAGCCAAGGAAAUCAAGCCCAAAUUCUCCAAAUCCAGACUUCCGUUGAUAAGGGGAUCCCUCUUCAGAUGUCCAACAGCAAGAACGAUGCAAGAAAUGAAGACAGGGGAGGGGGUGGUCCGAAUAGAGAAGUCCUACUCUUGCCAUACGUAAGCUGUUUAUGUCAUUUCCCAUCCUUUAGAUUGCCAAGGCAAAAGCCAAGAGCGCUCGUGAACCCUUCCUGCGAUUCGAUUGCUAUCACUGAGGAGGGUGACCAUCCAAGCGUCGAGGAAAAGGGCGAAACCCUCAUCGAUGAGGUUAUCAAUGAGGACGAGGAAGAAUUGGAAGUGGAGGCAGUAGGCAGAACUCAUGUAAUGAAUGUGUUUUAGAUGGAAGAAAUUGAUGAACCAACGAAAGUGAAACAAACGUCAAAUAUUCAGAAGGUGGUCAAGGAAACCCCGAAUGGUCAAGUUGUGAAAGAAAGGGCAGCAGAGACCAAAACCAUUACAACUCACCAUUUGAAGGCUAAUGGAACCAAUAACAAUGUUGUCAUCAAUAAAGUCCAAAGACAGAAGAAGUCUACCUUCGUGACCGUAAUUUCUUCCCUUUUGACACUAUUACUAAUGCUGUUACUCAUCUCUGUACUAAUUUAUGCUGUGUUUGAAGUAAGUCUUAACUUGGUUUCGGAUUUAUUUUUUCAGGCCCCUGCCUCGGUAACCACCAAAAUCCCGUACUAUGGUCAUCUUCGCUAUAACCACUAUCUGCCCUUGAAGACCAAGAUCAUAAAAAUGUUUAACUUUUAA